UUUAUAAGCCCAAUUAUGAGCAAUAAUAAUAAUAGCGAAUACGGCUAACGGGCUACUGCAAAAUAAAAAUAAAAAAACAUUGAAAGUGAAAUAGUAACAGUCAGCUGGUCUGUACUUUGAGAAAUGCAAAAAGUUAAUAUCUGAGGUUUAAAAUUUCGCAUUGAGGUUCAGAUGAGCCGUUCACUCAUUGUGUUUCUCACAUUAACAUCCGCGGCGUCGCCAUGCUAUAGUAUUUUGGUCACAAUGAAUGCCAUAUUCAUAUUCCCUGAUAUUUAACAGUCACGUGACUCUAUAGGGAAAUUAUAUCACAUCGCAUUAACAGGCACACACAGUGCAUUUAGAUCGAUCUACGCUGGUAAACGCGCGCACACACACACACUCACUCGCGCGCGCGCACGCUCCCUUCACCGCCCCCUUCUCUCCGUCUCUCUCUCUCUCUCCCUUCGUUCUCCUCUUCUUCAUCACUCUUGUUUUACGCGUGUGUGAUAUGUGAUGCGAUACGCUGGCUGCAACCAUCCCAAUGGCUCCCGUCGACCGCGGACGAUGAUUUCGUUUCGGUUUUUCCAUUCGCAUCGCGGGAAUAUCGCUCCAGCGUCGACGCAGUCCAUGAGCACGAGGGGUUUUUUUUCGCUUCCCGUGACUGCUGAAGGAUAUUUCUGCAUGUCGAGAGACUGAAGAGACGCGGGGAACACGUUCAAUGCCGUUGGAACAUGUCAUAUGUUCCCUUUCAAGAUGCGAGGUAUGCUGUCCCCCCCUCCUACCGACACCAGCCCUCCUUCGCUGCUGCUCCCUCCUACGAGCAACCCGACUGGAAUCCUCGUCUGUGUGUGAUCAGUGGAAAUCAGCUCUACAUGUUGGACCAGGAGGAGGUUCACCCUUUGUUGAUGCGCGAGCGGCGCUCGGAGUCGCACAGGAACAAGCUGCUGCGACGGACGGUCAGCGUGCCUGUGGAGGGGAGGCACCAUCCUGAAAUGGACCACGCUCGGCUCCGGCGGAAGAGCAUCGCCACCGGGAAGCAGCCAAGCAUGGAGAUCCCACCCACUGCCCCCCCACAACCCUUCCGACAAUCCAGUUUCCUCAGUAGAAGACUGAAGGGGUCCAUUAAACGGGCCAAGAGCCAGCCCAAACUGGACCGAACCAGCAGCUUCCGCCACAUGAUCCUCCCUCGUUUCCGCAGCGCCGACCAAGACCGGACUCGUCUGAUGCAGAGCUUCAAAGAAUCACACUCCCAUGAGUCUUUGCUGUCUCCCAGCAGCGCAGCCGAGGCCUUGGAUUUGACACUUGAUGAAGAUGCGAUCAUCAAGCCUGUUCACUCCAGUAUACUGGGACAGGAGUACUGUUUUGAGGUGAUAACUGCUUCAGGAACAAAGUGUUUUGCCUGUCGGUCGGCUGCGGAGCGAGACAAAUGGAUAGAGAAUCUGCAGAGAGCUGUCAAACCAAACAAAGACAACAGUCGACGCGUCGACAACGUUCUGAAGCUGUGGAUCAUCGAGGCCCGUGAACUCCCGCCCAAAAAGCGCUAUUAUUGUGAACUGUGCUUGGAUGACAUGCUUUACGCUCGCACCACCAGCAAACCCCGAACCGAUACCGUCUUCUGGGGUGAGCACUUCGAGUUCAACAACCUGCCAGCUGUCCGCAACCUCCGCCUUCACCUUUACAAAGAGACGGACAAGAAAAGACGCAAGGAGAAGAGCACAUACCUGGGCUUGGUCAGCAUUCCCAUUUCCAGCAUCACUGGUCGUCAGUUUGUGGAGCAAUGGUACCCCGUCAUUCAGCCCAGCGUCCUGGCCAAGGGUGGAGGUGUCGGAGGGGGCAAGAUCAUCAACGCAUCCCUGCGGCUCAAGUCUCGCUUUCAGACCAUGAGCAUCCUGCCCAUGGAGCUGUACAAAGAGUUCGCAGAGUAUGUGACCAACAACUACCGAACGCUGUGUGCCGUCCUGGAGCCGCUGCUGAGUGUCAAGAGCAAAGAGGAAGUGGCCUGUGCUCUGGUGCACAUCCUGCAGAGCACAGGGAAGGCCAAGGAUUUUCUGUCAGACAUGGCGAUGUGUGAGGUGGACCGAUUCAUUGACCGAGAGCACCUGAUCUUCAGAGAGAACACCCUGGCCACCAAAGCCAUAGAAGAGUACCUCAAACUCAUCGGACACAAGUACCUCAAAGACGUUUUAGGUGAUUUUAUCCGGGCGCUGUACGAGUCAGAGGAGAACUGUGAAGUCGACCCAAUGAGGACCCCUCCUUCUGUGCUGCCUGAACAUCAAGCCAACCUCCGGAUGUGCUGUGAGCUCGCUCUCUGCAAAAUCGUCAACUCCCAUUGUGCGUUUCCGAGAGAACUGAAAGAGGUGUUUGCGUCGUGGCGCGUUCGAUGUGCUGAGAGGGGAAGAGAAGACAUCGCCGAUCGACUGAUCAGUGGUUCCCUCUUCCUGCGCUUCCUGUGUCCAGCCGUCAUGUCACCCUCCUUAUUCAACCUCACCCAGGAGUACCCCGAUGAGCAGACUUCACGCACACUCACCCUCAUAGCCAAAGUUGUGCAGAACCUUGCAAACUUCUCAAAGUUUGGCAGUAAGGAGGAGUACAUGUGCUUUAUGAAUGAGUUUCUGGAGAUGGAGUGGGGCUCCAUGCAGCAGUUCCUGUACGAGAUCUCCAAUCUGGACAGCGUGAGCAACGCAGUUGCUUUCGAGGGCUACAUCGACUUGGGAAGGGAGCUCUCGAUCCUGCACAGUCUGCUGUGGGAAGUCAUGGCCCAGCUAAGCAAGGAUGCUAUCAUCAAACUUGGACCAUUGCCCCGCCUUCUAAAUGACAUCAGCAUGGCCCUUCGUAACCCUCACCUCCAGCGACAGCCAAGCCAUCAGAUGGACAAACCGCCUCCAGAGAGACAGACAGACAGGCUGCUCUCCAGGCCCAGCUUCAACAGAGGUGUCUCGUCUGAGUUCCAGAACCUCAUGAUGAGGGACCUCAACAGUUCAGUUGAGAUCACUCGCCUACCCUCUCCGACCUCUGCCAUGUCCAGCGGCGCUGCCCCUCAGUCCCGGGCCGGGAUGGGGGGCUUCGCGGAUCGCGAUCAUCCUCACCGAGCCUCAUCUAAAGACGUUUUCUAUGUCGCCCGUCCCCCGCUGGCCCGCUCCAGUCCAGCGUACUGUACUAGCAGUUCUGAUAUCACUGAUCCGGACCCAAAGGACUCAAGAAUGAACAGCGUCUCUAACCUGCAGUCUAUGGGGGACAUGCUCAACUCUUCCCAGGCCUCGAUUGCCGGCCUCGGCAGCUACGGUGGGCUCGCGGGCUUGGGAGGAGGCCUCGGUGGCCAGCUGCGCGCCGGAGGGCGUAUGUCGGCCGGAUCCGGAGGUUCCAGCAUGUCCGGGGGUCUGAGGUUGAGCCAGCUGAGCCAGAUGGGGACCACCACCGACUCUCUGUCCCAGCAGCAGCAGCAGCAAGCCGCCGCUCUCCGCUACCCCCUCUCCUUCCAGAACCCCCUCUUCCACCUGGCUGCUGACGGCCCUCAGCUUCACCACCAGCACAGUCGAGCUCAACCCCCUCCUCCUCUCCUGCUGGCCCCGGAGCCGGAUGCCUCUCACCCCACUUACAUCCCGCAGUUCGCCCACGGCGGCUUCUCCCGCAGCGAGGACCUCUCCACCCUCAGACCCGGCCCUCAUCUGGGUCAGCCGAGCAUCAUUCACUCGCACAGCUACAGCGACGACUACAGCCGCCAUAACCAGAGCGAAUACGGCCGACGUCAGAUCUCCAUGCACAUGCAGGAGCAGCAGCAGAUGGCAGGCAUGGCAUCACAGACCGGCACAUCUCAUUCAUCGCUCGCCACGCCUCCCUCCACCGUUCAGCCUGUCCGUCAAAGCUCCAUGGCUCCUCCCACACAGCGCAUGAAAUCGCAACCCUCGCAUCAGCUUUCUGUGAGUUCUGCCGCCGCCGCUCCUGCGGGCAAAACCCGGCCCCAGAGCGGAAACCUGCUCCAGUCCCCGGAGUCCGGCUUCGGGGGCCGGCAGCAGGGCCCUCGGCAGCAGCUGUCCGUCAAAGACAGCACCCCGCCUGGCCUGCCGCAUCAGCAGAGCUCCACCAGAGAGAGCCAGGGAUCGCAGGGCUCUCAGGGCGGGACGCCGCAGUCCACGCAGCAAUCCAAAUCCCAUCAGGAACGACAGCAGAUCCAGCAACAGCAUCUGCUCAAGCCUACCAUGAGCAAACAGGGCUCUUCCCAAUCUCCAACCACCCUCAACCCCCCGACCCCUGCCUCUGAACGGACGGUCGCCUGGGUGUCCAACAUGCCCCAUCUUUCUGCUGACAUAGAGAGCUCCCGCAUCGACCGAGAGGAAUACAAACUCAAGGAGUAUUCAAAGAGCAUGGACGAGUCGCGGCUGGACAGGGUGCGUGAGUACGAGGAGGAGAUCAACUCUCUGAAGGAGCGUCUGAUGAUGUCACACCGCAAGCUGGAGGAGUACGAGAGGAGGCUGUUAACUCAGGAGCAGCAGACCAAUAAAAUCCUGCUGCAGUAUCAGAGCCGACUGGAGGACAGCGAGAGGAGACUGAGACAGCAGCAGAUGGAGAAAGACAACCAAAUUAAAGGAAUUAUUGACAGACUCAUGGCUGUGGAAGACGAGCUGAGGGGGGGGGUGGUGCCUGAGCACAAGCCCAGGAUGUUCGCAGACCAGGAAAAGCAGCUUUCCGCCUUGGGUUCAGCAGACCCCGGUGUGAGUUUUGGAGGAGAAUUGACCAGCGCUCCUGGCGUUGUCGGAGUCUCCCAAUCGGACAAAUCCUCCACCCGAUCCCCCCUGAAUGGAAUCUUGUCCUUCCCAUUAGCCUCCCCUCCUCAUUCCCGUCCUCACGCACAACUCUGGCCGAACGGAGAACUCUCCGGCAACCAAAAAUCAGCAACGGCAUCGAGGGCAAGUUCGGAGGGGGAGCAGGUCAAUAACAACGCUGACCAAAUUUUUUAGGAAUUCAGAAGAAAACCUCACGUCCUUUGUCAUCCGCAUUGAAGGAUGAAGCUUCAGUUUUAUUUUACGCAUUAGACUGAGGACAAGUGGGAGGCAGGACACACCAUUACUUGCACCACCCAAAACAAAAGGGCUCUCCAUUGGAUCCGAUACGUUAUUCCAAAAUCACGUUUUCUUUGGAUCAAAGUUAAAAGCCCCUUGCACAUACAGUACCUCUGCCACCACAAGUCAUCCAAACCACUGGAAAGUGCUCAGUUCAGGUUCCACGUUUUUUUGACUGAGCUCCUUCGUAUUGGGUAAAAAAUUCUAAGAAGCUGAGAACGACUCUAGGAACGGUGGGCAAACAAACCACACUUACGUCUCAAAGUGUAUAAAGUUCGAAAUUUGACUCACACGCAAGCUUUGUCUUGGGGAUUCUGUCAUGUCGUCUGGCUUCCCUAGUGCCUUUCUGUAUCUCCUGACAGGGUUUUCAAACAAACGCAAGAAUAACGACAGCAGAAUUACAGAAAUGGUUGUUCAAACACCGCUCUCUUCUCGAGAUUGCUCACUUAGGAGAGAUUGAUGUGUUCUUCUGCCUCAAUGUAGUGCUGAAAAUGUCAAGCUUUGGAAUCCGACCGUGGCUCGGGUUUUUUGUGGACAAUGUCUGGAAAGUGCUUGUGGUCUUUGAAUUGCCUCACUAGACUGAACUUGUGCAAUGUUUUCUCUUCUCAAUCUCAGAACCUAUGUGUAUUUAACUGGUGCUAUGGAUUCUCAAAGCAUUGCUCUGUGUCACAUCACCGCCUCCCAUUCUGUCAUUGUCCUAACUGUUCAUAUGUGUCUUCGUCCUCCCAUUUAUCUCCUUACAGGCCGAUUUCUUUCAGUGUGUGUCUGCAACGUGAGGUGAGCGUGAGGUGAUCUCUGUCAGGUCAAAAACCUUUUGUCUUUUAACUAAACAAGAUGGUAGGCCAGAAUGCAGUCGUUCUCAUAGGGUUUUUUUAUACAGAAACGUUUUCCUUAAAAUAGACAUCAUGUGAAAUGAGCUGAUAUUUAAGCUGAAUUUUUUUGUGUGUUUUUUGGUUUUAAAGUCAACAUGAAAGCCAACUUGACAGCAGCCAAUUUUCUCUCCAUAAUGUGAUGUUUUUGAGAACAAUAGGAAGAAUAUAUUAAAAAUGGAUGAUAUAUGCUAGAAUGAAGGCUGAUGCCUAAAAAAAGAGUUUUCUGAAAAGAUAGUAUUUCUUUAAAAGAUUAUAAAAACAAACCUAUUAUAUAUAUAUAUAUAUAUAUAUAUAUAUAUAUAUAUAUAUAUAUAUAUAUAUAUAUAUAUAUAUAUAAUAAUAUGCAUGCACCAAAUAAUCAUCAAUAAGACGACAAAGAAUGUAAAAAGUAGUCAAUGAUUCACACCAAAUAAUCAUUACAUUUGCAUUCAUGGAUUUGGCGGAUGCUUUUAUGCAAAGCAACUUACAUUUAGGUUUUUUGUUUCAGUUCACACAUUCUCUGUGAAUCAAACCCAUGGCCUACGGUUUAAGCUUAAUUGCGAAUAAUAAGUUAUAAGUAAACAGGGUCCAUUUUGUUUUCAUGUUGACUUUAAAGUUGCUCAAGCAUCUCUAAAGCAGUAGUUUUUGGUGGUGUUGAAUGGUCAUUUUAGGGAUCUUGUUAGAUAACAGAUAUGGUUUGUAAAAUAAUCAGAUCUUAAGUACUGUACAGAAAUAUUGCUAGCUAUAAUUCCUCAUUGGAGUAUCACUGCCAUCUGAUACUGAUUGUAUACCUCAUCGUUCACUACAGUUUUUGUUUUAUUGUUUGUUUUAUGAUUAAUUGGUUCAUUGUCAUGUUUCUACAGCCUCAAGACAUUCACGUGGCUUUGCUGAUACCAGUCAUUCAUUUGUAACCCAAUUCAUUUGUUGAUUGCCUUGUUGUCGCAUUAUAAUCUACUCAAGUUCUGUAUGUAACACAGCUAAACCAAUACAGCUGGCCUAGAUGAGAGCGAGGAGAUUUAAGUUGUAACUGCACAAUAAAAACACUGAGCUGUACUGUAAUAUUUAUAGAUUGGGAAGGCACUAGAGAGGAGAAUGGACUGAUUGCCAUUUUAGCUUUUAAGAGCUUCGAGGGCUAUCUUUAAGUGACUUCUACUCCAUUUAGUAAUAAUAAACAGGCAAUUUUGUUUAUGUCCCAAAAGCGGUUGAGAAAAAGUGGGAUAACAGGGUUAUCAGCUGAUAAAUGUGCCAUGACAUGAAUAUACCUCAGACGUAGAAUCGAAUGACUCAGGUAAACAUUCAAUUGCCUCACAGUUUAACGUAAACUGGAUAGAAAAAAAUAAUAAUUUUAAGUUCAACUGCCUGUUUUGGCAGUUAGUCCAUUUCUUCUCUGAGAUUAGUAGCAGUGAUUGGUCAGCGGCUCAUCAAGCACCUCCUCUUUUCCCUGCAUCUCCAGCCAAUCACAAAGCUUCAUGGAGGACAAUCUGGAACCUAAUUGGAGGCCUCACCUUGGACAUUCUUCAGGUUGGCCAGGUUUUAAUUCCAGGGCGCUGUCACGCGAUUCGGUUGGUUGACAGAGGAGAAACUGAGGCUUUGACCCAGUGCCAGAGCCGAUCCAAAGAAAAAAAAAAAAAUAGGUUCCCUUCCUCUGACGUACCCUCUCUCUGAUCAAAUUCAAUAUGAUGACCGUUUGGGAUACUUAACGUCUACCAGAUGGCUUCUGCGUGCCUCUUGACGGCACGAGAGAUGUCGCAUGCAGCGCAGUGGUUCGUUGAGAGAGCUGGAGAGGUUCUGAGGAUCAGAUCAAUCUCAAAGGUGCUGUUUUUUUUAGGUUCUUUACUAACUAAAUGUAGGAUAUUGAACAAUCCUCUACUUCUUCUCAUUAUGAUCUUCAUAUGCCACAUUAGCUCUGCCUGUCAUGCCUGCCUGUGUCUCAAUCAUGUCUUUUAUUUUGGGGAAACUGAAUAUGCACAGCCUUUUUUUUUCCUCAAGAGACGCUAAUUUGUCCUUCAGCGAAUUUGAUAAGAGGCUGGAAAUAUCCGAACUUUUGUUUCCUGGUGGUUUUCUACUUUUUGACUGGACCUCACCCAGAUGAGAUCACGUAUUUACAUGCUGGUAAUGUGAGACAAGAACUUGAAAAGUCUGAAAAUAAUCCCUUUUUUUUUUUAAUCCGUGAAUUUAUGUGACAAUCUCUUUGCAAAGCAAAAUCAACAACCUGUUAUUUUACCUGCUCCCCCUUCCCGCACUUUGCUAUGUCCCGGAUCCUCACCGACUCCUUUGUAUGUGAAAGAAAGAUGGAUUCUUUUACUUUUUUUUAAAUUCUCUUUGGUUUUGCUGUGGAGUUCUUGAUUUUAUGGACGACAUUGUUUGGAUGUGGAAUCCUCUUAUUUAGAAAUCUGGCGAUCGCGCGUUUGCAGGACGGUGGGUAGUUUUGCGAAGCCAAGUUGCUGUUUUAAAUUUAAAUUUAUUUCCUUGUUUGGAUGCCAUUUCCGGGCAACAUGGACAUUUCUCUGCUUCCUUUUUACACCACUAGACAAAAAUAUAAAUGUUGAGAGAUCAUGCAGGUUAAAUAAUGUUGUGGGUGACUGUGUGUAUAUAGAGUGUGUGUACAGUAUUUAUGUAUAUACUGGAUGUAUGGAUGGUUAUAUAAUAUAAAUAUAAAUAUAAAUAUAUAUAUAUAUACAUACAUGUAUUUUGUACAUAAGAAAUGUUUGUAUAUGCAGUGUACAGAAUGUGUUCUUUUACACCAAUUUCUCUUUUCCCGAUAUGUGGAAAAAGAAAAAGCAUAACAGAACUUUGUGGGAAUGAAAAACUCGCGUUGGCGACUCGUCGGCAGAGUUAUUCGAAGCACUUUUCGCUCAGGCUGAUUGUACACAGUCUGAAACCUACAAUGCAUCGCCGUGAGUCCGCCACGCAUUUUGCCAGUCUGAAGCUUGCACUCAUUUUCUCACUGAUUGAGGUGUUUUGUAACAGAUUCUGGGUGACAAAGCAAUGCUUGUACAUAAAUAUAUAGGCUUAAUACCUACCGUAUGUUUGCAUAUAUCAGCUUUUCAAGAGUCACCUGCUAAUCUUUGAAGCUUUUGCAUCUCCACUUGCUUUCGAUUCCAAUGCAGUGCCGUGCGUCAGAUGAGGUUUUUUGGAUCGCUGUAGAAGGUCGAUCUCGUGAGAAGACGUCCCCGUUUUAUUCUGCUGAUCUUUUGUAUGGCCUGAUGCUUUAUUCCUCCAUUACUUGCCUAGCAACUCUUCCAUGCAAGUAAUCGCUUCUUUGUCCCCUGUAAAUGAAUGGAGUUCCCAUGAUGUGCCUCUUUCUAAUAAACUUCAGUUGGUCUCUGUCAGCCAUAAGCCAAUCACAGUCAUCUUUCUUGACAAGCCAUAAGCCCCGCCCCUAAAUUUCCAUUUUUGAAAAGGGCAGACACUUGGGAAUUUGAUUUCUUUUUGUAUAUAUUAUAUUAAUAGAAAGAGUGGUAUGUCAGAGUGUAUUGCUGAUGUUUUUGGAUUUGUUAUGAAUGUUGAUAUUCUGGUUAUUGAAUUAUGAUUAUUAUUGUAAUAAUAUAAUGACUGCUGUUAUCAUUUCAUCAUUCUUUAGUUUAUUCAAUACUGUUAAAGACUUUCAUUUCUUUUUGAAUAAAUCGGAAUUUAUAUUUUUCGGGUGGGCUAAUUAUAGAAAUGAAAUCAAUUAAACAGAUGAAUAAAGAAAUACAUUCUUAUUGAAUUCA